AUGUCUGACGGUCUGUUCCUUCAGUGUUGUCGAGAAGUGGCAGAACAUCACCCGGAGAUCAAAUACAAAGAGAUGUAUUUAGACACUGUUUGUCUCAACAUGGUUCAGGAUCCGUCUCAAUUCGAUGUACUCGUGAUGCCUAACCUUUACGGCGAUAUAUUGAGUGACUUAUGCGCCGGACUUAUCGGUGGUUUAGGUGUCACUCCGAGUGGUAAUAUUGGCAAAGAAGGCGCUUGCCCUGCCGUGGACUGUAGCGGCCAGUCCUGUUCCGAUUGGGUUGUCGCGAGAAUAAUAGGGCGAUACCAUUGGUGUCGAUUUGAAGUGACAUUCCCUAACGAUUCCGUGGACCUUGCAUUAAUUGGUUUCAUUGAAAGUUCUAGUGAUUGGGAUGACAGCAAUGAGAGCAGUAUUGACCAGCAAAACAGCCGCAGAACAGUCCCCCGAAGGACUGCCAGCACUAGGAAUGCAAAAGUUUUGUCACAACAGAGUUCCAGUUCGUCCUCUGAGAGCGAGACUGAGAGCGAGAGUGAGAGUGAAAGCGAUGACAACAGGACACAGAAGACCAGAAGAACUAAUAAGAAAGUGAGUUAUAAGGAGCACAGCGACCACACCGACUCGGAUGACUUGGUCCAAGUGGAUUGGACGGCAUACGAGGCCGAAACCGAGACCGGUGAGACCGUCGAGAGGAUAUUCGAGCACCGCAUCGGUAAGAAAGGCGCCACCGGACUGGCCACCACUCCCUAUCAGGUGGAAGAUAACGGCGAUCCAAACGAUGGUAACUGUGAAGAAGAAGAUAAAGAAAUGCAAUUCUUAGUUAAGUGGAAGGGAUGGUCUCAUUUGCACAACACAUGGGAAACGGAAGAGUCACUCAAAGAAGUGAAUGCAAAGGGUAUUAAGAAAGUGGAGAACUAUUUGAAGAAAGAAGAAGAGAUCAGAAUUUGGUAUUUAUUCGCUUUGAGGCAAACGACGGCAACGCCCGAAGACAUGGAUUACUAUGACUGUCAGGAGGAGAUGGCUCUUCAGUUGAGACAAUUGCAUAUGAAUGUCGAGAGAAUCAUUGCUCAUCAGUCCUCCAAAAGCACGGAAUCUUGUCAAACGGAAUACCUGUGCAAAUGGGAGGGACUGCCAUACAUUGAGUGCACGUGGGAAGAGGAGACCCUCGUGCUCAAGAAGUUCACGCAUCGAAUCGAUGAAUACCACAUCCGACAGAAGUCUCAGAAAAUCCCAUCGAAAUUAUGUCGAGCUUUAAAAGUAAGGCCCAAAUUUGUUCCCUUAAAAACACAACCCGAUUAUAUCGGUGGUAAAGACAGCUUAGAGCUCAGGGACUAUCAGUUGAAUGGUCUGAAUUGGUUGACCCAUUCGUGGUGUAAAGACAAUGGAGUGAUAUUAGCCGAUGAGAUGGGUUUAGGGAAGACCAUACAGACCAUCAGUUUCCUAUCUCACCUGUUCUAUCAGCACAGUCUUUACGGGCCCUUCCUAUUAGUGGUGCCGCUGUCGACGAUGGCCUCGUGGCAGAAGGAGUUCGAGAUAUGGUCUCCAGAACUCAAUGUAGUGGUAUAUUUGGGAGACGUCGGCAGUCGUAAUAUGAUUCGCUCGUAUGAAUGGUGUCAUCCGGGAAACAAAAGACUUAAAUUCAAUGUCCUGUUGACUACUUACGAGAUUCUGCUAAAAGACAAAAGCUUUUUAGGAGCAGUCAAUUGGGCUGUCCUUGGAGUGGAUGAGGCGCACCGACUCAAGAAUGACGACUCACUUCUCUAUAAGUCUUUGUUUGAUUUCUCGACAAACCAUCGAUUGUUGAUAACUGGAACUCCUCUGCAAAACUCAUUGCGCGAGUUGUGGGCAUUGCUUCACUUCAUUGGUCCCGACAAAUUCGACUCAUGGGAUGACUUCGAGGCCGAGCACAAGGACUCCGACAAUAAGGGAUAUUCGAAACUUCAUAAACAAUUGGAACAGUUUUUGUUGCGAAGAGUGAAGAAGGACGUGGAGAAGUCCCUUCCGGCCAAAGUCGAGCAAAUACUUCGAGUUGAAAUGACUUCCAUUCAGAAACAGUAUUAUAAAUGGAUUCUUACGAAGAACUACAAGGCGUUGACCAAAGGAGUUAAGGGAAGUCUCAAUGGUUUUGCAAACAUUAUGAUGGAGUUGAAGAAGUGCUGUAAUCACGCGACUCUCAUCCGACCUGUCGAUGACUUGACUUCAUUGGAACCGUUGCAACGACUCAUACGCUGUUCGGGAAAACUCUUAUUACUCGACAAACUUUUGUGUAGACUUCGAGAGACCGGACACCGGGUCUUAAUAUUCUCUCAAAUGGUCCGAAUGUUAGACAUUUUAGCCGAUUAUUUAUCUUUACGUCGAUUUCCAUAUCAAAGACUCGACGGAUCUAUAAGAGGAGAGUUACGGAAGCAAGCGUUGGAUCACUUUAACGCCGACGGAUCUCCGGAUUUCUGCUUUCUGUUGUCCACCCGUGCGGGCGGUCUUGGAAUCAAUUUGGCGACCGCUGAUACUGUAGUCAUAUUUGAUUCCGAUUGGAACCCACAGAACGAUCUCCAGGCACAGGCCAGGGCUCACCGAAUCGGACAGAAGAAUCAGCUUUCCCGGUUUGCUUUCUACCAAAACCUAGUGGAGCAGUAUGUCGCUUACCUGUGUUGGCCCUCCUGUCACAAUCGGUUUCUGUCAAGCGACUCGCGAUCCAACACAACGCCAUUCAAUAAGGAAGAGUUGGCCGCGAUUCUCAAGUUUGGUGCCGAAGAGCUGUUCAAAGAGGGCGAAGAGGCAGACGACGAACUGCAGUGCGAUAUCGAUGAGAUCCUACGCAGGGCUGAGACCCGCGAAGAUGCGUCACAAUCGGUUGGCGAUGAGUUGUUGUCGGCCUUCAAAGUCGCCUCUUUUAACUUCAAUGAAGACGAGGACGUGAGUGCCUUAAGUGCUCAGCACUCGCCUCCUGUGGAGGAAGUUGCCAAAGAGAAGGAUUGGGAUGAGAUUAUUCCCGAAGCGGACCGACUCAAGAUCGAAGAGGAGGAGAAGCAGAAGGAAGGACUGGAUAUGUUUUUACCCCCGAGAAGUCGCAAAUCUGCUCAACAGUCGGGCGCGCCCUCAGACAGCGGUGAGGAAUACGACCCAAAUCGGGUCAAAGACGACAAGGAAGACGUGGGAACCGAUGACUCGGACAGCGAUAAACCGAAAAGACGCGGACGACCGAAGGCAUCCCCGCGAGAGACAGUGAAAGGGUUUUCUGAGACAGAAGUUCGCAGAUUCAUCAAGAGUUUCAAGAAGUUUCCGAAUCCGUUAAACAGAUUGGAAUCCAUUGCCAUCGACGCAGAACUUCAAGAGAAGUCUACCACUGAUCUCAAGCGCAUCGCCGAAGCCUUACAACUCGGUUGUGAAAACGCCGUCAAAGAAUAUAAUGAGAAAUUUGUUUCCGAAAAUCAGACCGAAGACAGCAAUUUGACCGCUAAUAACAAGAAGAACAAUAGGGGUCCGAACUUUAAGUUGGGAGGAGUCAGUGUUUUCCCUAAGAAUAUCCUUUCGUGUCAGAAAGAAUUGGAAGCAUUGGAUGUUCUUUUGCCACCGACUCUGGACGAGAAGAAGAAAUGGGUUUUAAAAUCCAAAGUAAAGGCAGUUCAUUGGGAUGUGCUCUGGAAUAUUGAGGACGACUCUCGGCUUUUGACUGGUGUUCAUGAAUACGGUUUGGGCAGUUGGGAGGCCAUCAAAAUGGAUCCGUCCUAUGGAUUAGCUGAUAAAAUACUCGCAGACGGCGACCAAAAGCCUCAGUCAAAGCAAUUACAGACACGAGUCGAGUAUUUACUAAAGUUUAUGCAGAAACUGAUUGCCGCCCAAAGAAUACAGGCCGAGGCCUCCAAACCUCGCAUUAAGAAACCAAAAGCACUGAAACCCAAAACU